AUGGCCAAGCAAACCAAGCAGCAGCCCCUGGCGGCCCUCGACGCCCCACAACAGACAUGCAGCAGCAGCAGCAGCAGCAGCAGCAGCUCCAUGGCUAGCGAGGCAGCAGCAGCAGCAGAAAGAGACCCAGAACUCAGCCGGGCGGGGGGCCCCCCGGGGGGCCCCCCAGGGGGCCCCCCAGGGGGCCCCCCAGGGGGCCCCCCAGGCCCCGAGGAGACGGACGGGCUGCCCCUGAGGGCCGAAACUUUCCUCAACUUUGUUGACCCCUCGACGCUGCUGCUGCUGCCCUCCAGAGAGACAGCAGAGGCUCUUGUGCGGCAGCACAGGGAGCGGCUGACGCUGGCCAGGCAGCAGCAGCAGCAGCAGCAGCAGCAGCAGCAGCAACUGCAGCAGCAGCAUCAAAGGGGCGCCUGCACCUGCCCCCCGCCGCACAAGCGUCUCAGGGGCCCCCGUCGUGCCGCGAGCUGCUGCGCCGCCCGUCUGGGCGCUCCCCUGGGCGCCCCUCUGGGGGCCCCCCUGGGGGCCCCCCGCUGCGGCUGCGAGCCCCCCGCCGGUGCUGCUGUGCAGCGAAGAGGCCCCGCUGCUGGCGCUGGAAAGAAGCCUCGCUGCGCGGAAGACUCUGCAGCGGCUGCGGCAGCAAGUGCUGGAGCUGCCGCGGCCGAACCGGCACGGCGUGGGGCUGAUAUACGGGGCCAGAAUGAGCAGCGACGACGGCCACGACUACAGAGUGAUCUACUGGGGCGAGUUGUACGGCGCGACGAAGGAGGAGAAGGCGAUUCACAAGAGAAAUGCGCAGCAAUUCCGAGCGCUCAUUCGCUCCCUCGUCGAAGCUUCGCCCGACAAAUGUUUGACAGUGCAGCAGUUGGUGUUGGACUUGGACAUAAACAUGAGCAAGGGCUGGGUCCACUUCGCAAAGCUCUCGCUCCCCGGAAAACACGACCCUUACAGCGAAUUUCUCUUGCGGAGAAAACGCGAAGAUGCGCCCGCAGCCCAACAGCCCUCUUCGUCUUGAGCAGCAGCACGCAGCAGGAAGGCUGCAGCAGCAGCAGCAGCUGCUGCUGCUGCAGCAGCAGCAGCAGCAGCAGCAGCAGCGGAGUCUGCUGCUGA